AUGGACACUGAAAAGAUUGUAGGUGAUUUCACUAGCAUUUUGGAUGAGUUGAAAUUCAAUUCUAGGCCGAUUAUCACGACCUUAACCAAAAUGGCAGAGGAGAACAUAUCCUGUGCGCAGCAGUUUGUAGACGCCGUAGAAAAACGGAUAGAGACGUGUGUUCCAAAGCAGAAGCUCUUUGCAUUUUACGUGUUAGACUCCAUUUGCAAAAACGCUGGUAGUCCAUAUACCAUUUACUUCCGCAGAAAUCUCGCCAAGCUCUAUAAGAGAACAUAUCUAAUCGUCGACAAUCAAACCAGAACUGAUCUGAUUAAGAUGUUUAAGCUAUGGAUGGAGCCUAGUAACAACUCUAUGGAUGAAUAUUUGUUUGAUAAGGAAUCUUUGGAGUCCAUAGAACAGUUCCUUGUCAAAGCUAGUGCACUUCACCAAAGGAGCGCACAGGCUCCCACUGUUCCGGGCCUACUACGAGAAAUUGAUCGACUUGCAUUACUUACAAGGGAAAGGAUAAGACAAAAUCCGCAGGAUGAAAGAUUGAAUGCAAAAAUAGCAGUUCUUCAUCAAUUGAAGCAAGAACUUCAGAGAGAGGAAAUGCCACCAAAAGCAUUGCAGCAAGUCCAAAUGCAAUUAAGGCAGAUUUUUGCACAAGAACAACAAAUUCUUUUGCAGCAACAGAAACAGCAACCUCAGGCUACGCCUCCGCCACAUAUGCAUGAUGAUAUUACCCGUAAUCAAGAAGGUGAUCAACCAAACAUUUUUGGCGGUUCGGCGUUAUCCUCAUCAUUUUUCCCGAAUGCUAGCAAUAUUCUUCCCCCUUCAGAGUUUACACAAUCACAAGUUGCUGGCAAAGCUUCCAAAAUUCGCUCUCUUUAUGAUUCUUUAGAAAAGGAAAGUCUCCUUUUUAAGCCACCAAAGCAAUCAGUGGUAGCUUUGGAACAGCGGCUCGAAAAUUCGACCCAAGGAAGCCAGCAAGUCGAACUACCACCAUUACCGCUACUUCAAGACAUUUUAGGUGAUGUAAAAUCUCAUUUUGCUACGAUUAGUGUGGACAUCGUUAAUACACCUAAUUUAGUAUUGUGUCAACAAACAGUGAUGCAGGACAAUCCUGCCGUAAUCCAGCUUACGAAUCUACUAUAUCGUUCAAAACCAAAUAAAUGCAGUACUUGUGGGAAAAGAUUUGGAAACUCUGCUGAAGAGAAGAAAAAAGAGAGGGACCAUCUUGAUUGGCAUUUUAGAAUAAAUAAGAGGUUAAAGGGAAACGUAGGUGCUGGUGGUGCAACAUCUAAGAAUAUCCAAUCUAGAAAUUGGUACUUGCAUGAUGCCCAAUGGAUUCAAUUUAAGGAUGAAGAAAUAGUAUCAACAACGAGAAGAGAAGAUGACACCAUCACAUUGGCCAAUGUAGAAGGUCCCAGUACGGGAGUUACACCUGGAAGCUCAACUUUUGAUCAAAGCUUUGAAAAGAAAUCUGACUCCAAAGUCGUGGAGCAAGAACUUAAUAAGAAAUACGUUGUUGUUCCUGAAUCCACAGAAGACAUGUCAUUUCAAUGUCCUGUUUGUAUGGAAGAGUCAUCAGCAGUGUAUAACGAUGAUACAGGUGAGUGGAUUUGGCCGAAUUGUGUUGAAUCUCAAGGGAAAUACUUCCAUGCGACAUGUUUCAACGAGGCAGUUAAAGGAUCUUUACAGGAAACUUCCAUAAAUCAAGGCUUACAAAAAUUAAAAGGACUUAUUGGCAAAUAA